CGUGCACGGCCUGGAGCGUGGCCCGUGGGCUCGCGAAUCUCGCGGCUGCCUUCGCUUCGCGGCGUUCGUUUCGUUCUGUCGACCAGGCGUCCUUCACUUUGAACUUGUGCCAUGCACCACCACGACGAGUGCCAGGGGCGGCGUGACGAGGGCGAAGAGCCCGUUCCUCGGCUAGCGUCCCGGUCAGCGCAGGGCCGCGUCAGCUCCGUUCCCGCCUUCGCCAUCGUGCUGCUCUCGACGGCUGGGUGCACCAUCGUGCUCGGAGUCACCGGAGUCGUGUACACGGCGCAGCCUCGCGCGGUUUCCUCCAAGAACGACUCGCACGGGCGCCGCGUGGACGUUCGCGUCCAGGUCGCUAGGUCACAGGUCGCCUCUGACGACGUGUGCGAGUCUAGGUUCUGCGAGUGGAACAGGGACUACAUCCUGCGCGCCGCGGACACUACCAGGGACCCGUGCUACGACUUUUACGCCCACGCCUGCAACCCGCAGCGCUGGUACCGAGCAGGCAGUGCGUCGACGAGACCCUUCUCGGAACUCGGUACAGCACAGCUGAUGAGGGACGUGGAGAGCUUCUUCCGGUACUUCGUCCAGCUGAAGGGCACGCCGACGGAGGACAACUUCCUGUCGCGUAUGAUGUGGGUCCACGACGCCUGCCAGAAUAGCACGGCUCCAAGGGCCAACCUAUCGGCCGAGCUCGAAGAGGUAUUCGACGCAUUUGGUCUUGCCGGUGGGUUGCCAGUAAGGGCUGUCACCAGAGGAAAGCUCGCCGAAGUUGUGGCCGCAGGCGACCGACAUCUACAUCUCCAGCCGCUGUUUAAGGUCAAGGUACUGCGCCGAAGAGAACCGAGUGUGACCGGUGACUUCGACAUUGUUGUGUCGGCUCCGGACACAAUGUACCGACGCUUCUUGACGAACUUUGUCGACUCGGGCGAUUCGAUGUACGCCGACUUCGUCGCCAAGACGCUGAGUCUCGCCACCCUGGCCAAUACUCGGUCGGCGGCGAGGAAGAUAAUGCAGCUCGAGAAGCGACUGGAGAGCUUCGCGCUAGCCUCAGUAGACGAGCUCAUGGCGCCUCCCCGAGAAAAGUACGCGUCGCUCGACGACCUCGUUCUCUCUGACAACUGGGACUGGCCCACCUACUUCAACUCGCUCAUUGCCAACGCCAACGGAAGCAUCGGCAAUGAUACUAAAGUAGUUGUGAGCGACCCCAUAUAUUUCCGAAACUUGGGCUCUGUUCUGGGAGGCGCCUGGGACGCGAUCGUGGCGAACUACAUGGCGUACAAGGCCAUCGUGGAGCUCGCCCCAGUCUUGGGUCAGGACGCCGAGUACCUGCUCCAGUUCUCUCACAGCUACGACGUACCAGAUCUUGGCGAGCGGAAGACGGCAUGCCUGUCGCUGGUCGAGAAGCUCUUCAGGUACGGCACGGGUGUAGCCGCGAAGCUCACACUCGGCAAGGAGUUUGCCACCACCCCGCGCAGCCACAUGGACGUCCAGCUGGAGCGUCUGUUCAACGCGUCUAGGCACGUGAUAUAUGGCCUAGUAGACUCCGGACGCUCCUGGCUGGACUUCUUGGACAAGGACACGGCGUUGCGAAAAUUGAGCAACAUGCGCUUCGAGUUCGGCGCCCAGUGCAACCUGGUGGAGUACGAGCUGUACCGGCGAAACCACGCAGCCCUUAACAAUACACUUCCGCUGCCAUUUCCAGUUCAGAUUGGGAGUGACAACUCUACCGGUCACCUUUGGGACAAACAACCGCUGCCACGCAUUGUAUUCCUCCUCUACUCAAUUGCCUCGGCCACGUACUGGGACGCCUGGGGCAGCGCCACGUCUCGGGCUUACGACAACCACUACGCGCUGACUGCUUUCCGGUCAGGCUACGAGCUCCAGCACACGGCCAAUCUUCUUGUUAUUCCGCAGGCCACCGUAGGAUUUCUCAGCCAACUGAGCAACGUCAUCCAUCCCGUCGUGUAUGGCGUGAUAGCGGCGGACGUAGUGCGGGGUCUUGUGGAAGCGCUCUCCAGGAGCGGUUCGUCGGUGAACGCCGAUUUGCAGCACCACCUUUGGUGGAGCAUCGGAACGAUGGAGGCGUACGAGAACGUUAGCGCUUGCCUCGAGUCCCAGUACCAGCCGCCCCUGGCCGAAGGUGCCAGGCUACGCUCUCUGGAAAUGAACUUUCUGGACAACGCCGUGGCUUACCCGCUCUUUCGGCUCUACACGGAGUCGGCGAUGGACCGAGGCACAGCGAACGUCGCGCCAUCUCAUCCCGCGCAAGAAGUUGAACGUUCUCUAACGAUGGACCAGAUGUUCUUCUACAACUUCGCAGCGUCCCUCUGCGACUUCAGGGACGAAGACCUGUGGCAGCAGCAGCGAAAGUUCCACCUGACGCCUGCUCCGUGGCGUGUCAACGUGCCCCUGAAGAACCUGCCCGCCUUUGCGGACGCCUUCGCUUGCAAGCCCGGAUCACCUAUGAACCCUGUGAAGCGGUGCAGCGUGUGGAAAGAAAAGGGGCAUGUUCGUGCGACGUAGAGCGCGUUGAUAGCGUCACGUGAUUAAAGGUGGAUAGGGAAAGAAUUUGCGCACGUUGUUGCCUUUAAGAUAAUUGACACGUAUUGCAAUUAAAGUGCGUCAGCUCACAGAACAGUCUGUUUCCUCAGUCGUUACCGGGAGCCGUGGUUCUUCGACAUAACAUUCGCGUGCAUUAGGAGUGUAGCAGUAGCGGUUUAGCAGCGACAGUCUGCGCUUGUAGAACGGGCAAGGAGUGACACGUGUCAGGUACAGGCACUUAGUGCACACAGGCAUGAACCGUACGAAGACGAAGUUUGUAGGUUACUCGUCGAUUUGACAACCACGCUGCACUCAAUCGAAAAAAAUAGUAAAGAUGCACGUCAAACGGACCUGUUGGGGUCCACGUGAAGCGGAACUUUAGUGAAUACUUUAGUGAAUUUAAUACUAUACAAGUAAUGAGGAUGCGUGUAGUUACGUUUAGUUUCAUCCAAUGCAAUGUGCAAUCUCAUGCAAUGUUUGUUUAUGUAGCACAGUGUUCAACUACACUAAACAAUUGAAUAUGUUUUAUGCUGACAGGUCGACAUCUCCUUUAGAAUUACUUAGAAGCGGACUAUAUCACACACAUUUA